AUGGGUGUCAAAAGAGACAUUCUUAAAGCCGGGAACAGCGUUGAUAAACAUGUUAAAAAUGAUGAAGUGACAGUCGGCUACAAAGGGUGUCUCUAUGAUACCAACAAGGAAGACAGUCAUUUCAUGGGGGAUGAGUUUGACAAGAGAGAGGGCUUCAAGUUUACUAUUGGCGCUGGAAAGGUUAUUCGAGGAUGGGAUGAAGUUCUUUUGGAGAUGACACUUGGUGAAAAGAGCAUUUUGACUAUUACUCCUGACUAUACAUAUGGGAAUAUCGGCUUUCCGGGCCUCAUUCCACCCAAUUCGACUUUAGUGUUCUGGGAAUACUCAGGAACUGGUGUCGAUGCUAGUACAAUAAGGAGAAUCAUCAUAUCCGUAGAAACCUCCCGUGAGUGUAUAAAGGUUAUUUAUUCACAGGCUUGUCUUCACUGGCCACGCUCCCAGGACCAGAAGGAGAUUUUAUCCCUCUCGCGGGGCGAAGGCAUUUCGGCUCCUACAGAUAGCUCGUCAUUGGGCGACAAAGCAGAAUUAUCUUCAAGAGCCUUCAUCUGGUAUCCGCAACAUUACAUUAUCGCCGUCAGCCACAAGGUGCCACUGAAGAAUUUCGUUAGUAACGGUAUUCCACCUGAGAUUGGCAACUGUUCACGACCGAGGACAUUUUGCAGAAACAUUAUGUCGGCGAAAGUUGGAGAUAUGGCUCUAAGCGGAGAAUGGGAAGAGAUCAAGACGGCCUUGAAAUUUGAGAUAACGGAGAGCAUGACUAUGGAGUUCGAAGGCACAUCAUGCAAUAUUGCAGAUGACGAGGGGAAGCUAGUUGACAAUUUGGGUACAGCGCACGGACGGGUAACGCGAGAAGUUCUUUCUGGGUAUAAAUGUUAUGUGAUAAAGGCGUGGAUCAAGUUUGAAAAGAAGUCCUCAUGA